UUGAGAACCGAGCACAUUUCGAGAUGGGUGUUACAAAAGUGCUAGUAAUAGCGUCGAUUGCGGUAGUAUUGAUGGCAGUUUACUUGAAAGGGAAAUCUCUAUUCGAAGUACCGCCUCUACCUCAGCUAGAAGAUACUUGGUGGGGUCCUAGAGACCCAUCCAAGGAGGAUGGCGAGAUUAGGCCCUUCAAAAUCAAUGUUUCUGAUGAGGUAAUAUGUAAAACCUUCUUCCAGAUACUCAAAGACCUGCAGCAAAGGCUGGCCAACGCCCUACCCUUCCAGGAACCUCUGGAAGGCGUGAAGCAGCACUACGGCAUUAACACUCACCUUCUGAAGAACAUCGUCGACUUCUGGAGAACGAAAUACAACUGGAGGGAGAGGGAGAAGUUCCUCAAUCAGUACCCCCAGUUCACGGUGAGCGUGCAGGGGUUGAGGAUCCACUAUUUGCACGUCAAACCAAAGGAAACCAAGGGGGUGAAGGUGUUGCCCUUACUUUUGCUCCAUGGCUGGCCUGGGUCGAUCAGGGAGUUCUACGAGAUCAUCCCUCUCCUGACCACCCCCCAGAAAGGAAGAGAUUUCGUUUUUGAGCUUAUAGUUCCUUCCUUACCAGGCUAUGGUUUCUCAGAGGCAGCAGUUGGACCAGGGUUAGGCGCUAUCCAAAUGGCUGUCGUCUUCAAGAACCUCAUGGCUCGAUUGGGAUACCAAAAGUACUACCUCCAAGGCGGCGAUUGGGGCGCUGUUAUAGUCCAACAUAUGUCUACACUCUUUCCAGAGAGGAUAAUAGGGGUCCAUUCGAAUAUGUGCGUUAUCCACAAUACCCUGUCAAACUUGAAGUGGUUUUUGGGCAGUUUCUAUCCUUCCCUGAUCGUCAGCAAAGAAUUGGAACACAGAGUGUAUCCUUUGUCGGAGAAGUUUUCCUUUUUUAUGCUGGAGUUUGGGUACAUGCAUCUACAGUGCACCAAGCCCGACACUGUAGGGGUUGCAUUAAGGGAUAGCCCUGUGGGUUUGGCAGCCUACAUUUUGGAGAAGUUCACGACCUGGACAAACCCAGAUUGGAAAGACCUAGACGACGGGGGGCUGACGAAAAAAUACUCUCUGACCAAUCUUCUGGAUAACGUGAUGAUAUACUGGGUGUCUAGGUCUAUUACUACCUCGAUGAGGCUCUAUGCUGAAACCUCAAAUAAAGCUCAGAGCAGUAUUCCAAUAGACAGAAUACCAGUGCAAGUACCAAGUGGUUGUGCUAGAUUUUCUCAUGAAUUAUUUAUCCAACCUGACUUCGUAUUAAGAGGCAAAUACAACAAUUUGAUUCAUAUUUCGGAUCUCGAGGGAGGUCACUUCGCGGCAUUCGAAGCUCCCGAAGUCCUCUCUGAAGACGUUUUUGCCUUCACGGAAAAAGUGGAGGCUUUGAGAGAGUCCAGCAAAUGAAUGACUGUGUUUUGUUGUUGAUAGUGUUUGUUUUUGUAUAUUUUUCUCAAUAAACAAAUAUCUUACAAAUUA